AUGAAGUAUCUGUCUCUUUUUGUAGCACUUGCAAUGGCAAUUCCAGAAGAUCUUAACUCCACACUUAUGGCCAUCAAAAGGCUUCACGAACAGACAAAGUACAGCACUUUUUACGAGGUUUUUGGGGUAUCAGAAAACACAUCUAUCAACACUGUAAAGAAGCUAUACCAAAAAAUGAUGAAGCGCCCGAGACCUAUUCCUGGCAUCGAGAAAAGAGAGGAUGCUGUAGCUCUCCUGACUGAAGCUUACAACAUCUUGAAAAACAAAAAACCUGCAUAUGACUUUAUACUUGCCAACUCAUACCUAUAUAUUGGGGGAAAAGAGAACUUCAGAAACAAUCUUUAUGUAAUUUUAAUGUCCAUUGUGGUUGGCUUGUUAGCACUCGACUUGAUAUAUUUCGGUAUUAAAUAUCUAGCCUUCAUGGCCAAUCAUAAGAGUGCCCCGAAGAAGAAGGGUUCCAAGAAAAUCAAGGAAUCCGAGCCAUCAAUGGUGAUUGUAAAUGUUUUCCGCUCAAUAAGAUCCUUGAUUAAAAAGUAA